CCGCAGCGCUCGCUGGUUCCGGGGCGGGCCGGGCCGGGCAUGGCGCUGGCCGGGGACGAGCCCUUCAGCCCCUCGGUGCUGGGCACCAGGGAGCACUGGGAUGCUGCCUACGAAAGAGAACUGCAAACUUUUGAAGACAUUGGAGAUACCGGAGAAAUCUGGUUUGGAGAGGAAAGCAUGGUGCGCAUAAUCAGGUGGCUGGAAAAGCACAAGGUCCCUCUUGACAGCUCUGUGCUUGACAUUGGGACUGGGAACGGUGUUUUACUGGUUGAAUUGGCAAAGUCUGGCUACAUGAAUCUCACAGGGAUUGAUUAUUCACCUUCUGCAAUACAGCUUUCAGAAAAAGUAAGAGACAAAGAAGGGAUGUCUAACAUUAAAUUAAAGGUAGAAGACUUCCUGGCACCCUCAGCUGAGCUGUCAGGCUUUGACAUUUGCAUUGACAAGGGGACUUUUGAUGCCAUCAGCCUGGACCCCAGCGACGCGGCGGGGAAGCGGCAGCUGUACGUGGCAUCCCUGGGCAGGGUGCUGAAACCAGAGGGCUUCUUCCUCAUCACCUCUUGCAACUGGACCAAGGAGGAGCUGCUGAACGAGUUCAGAGAAGGAUUUGAAAUUCUGGAGGAGCUGCCAACACCCAAGUUUUGCUUUGGAGGAAGAAUUGGAAACAGUGUUACAGCAUUGGUUUUCCAAAGGAAAAAAGUGAGGCCAUCCAUCUUGGACAAAUUAGAUUAGAUGAGAAAAGUCUGAACUUUAAACCUGACAGAAAACCUCAGACACGUGUGUAAAUAAAUGCUUUUGGAGUGCACAGUAAAAUACUAUGUAUGGAGCUCUGAGGGACUAUAAAACAUUGCCCUAGAAACAUUUCAGCUUUGCAUAAUUUGCCCAUAAAUUGUGUCCUUGCUACAACCUCACUUGUUUCAGGGAAGCUGCAAGUUUGCAAGAGAGAGGAAAAUCAGAUGUGCUAAAUACAGAGACCAAUAUAACCGAAUGGUAUUUGUUUUUGAAACAUAAAGAUUAUCUGAUAUUUAAUUUCUGUGCUGGUAAGCAGUGACCUAUAGAGGUAAAGGUAUCCUACAAAGCAAAAAUCUCAUUUCUCUGUUGUGCACUGGAAUAGGGAACAAGCUUUUGCAAUGUAAGUGCUGGCUCUUUAAUGAACACGAGGGUGGCUGUUAGGGAGGGAAAUGAAUACAAAAUCCACAGCACUUUCCAAAAAGGACCAGUUGGUACUUUAAAUUCAGACUUUCAGACUUAGCAUAAUUGUGUCUCCUCUGAAGUAGCUCAGCUCUUUUCCCACAGAGGGAGUGUUUUAAAUCUCCCUUUCCUGCGUGUGUUCAUGCCUGGUCAGUUCCUUUCCCUGAUCUCAUGAAUACAUAAAGGUGUGAUGUUGCAGCCUGUGGUGUGUGACAUAUGCCUCCUUCAUUAUUAACCUGCUAUAUGGGAAUGUCUUUAGAGCCACAAUGACAAGAAGUUUUCCAGUGAAUUUCUCAGGGUGGAUUUUAACUGCAUAAAUCCAAAAGAAUUCAAAACAUAACUAUCCAUUCCUUGUGGUUUUUUUAAUAUGUAUUUUUUAAACUUCUGUGUGCAAUCCUUUUGCUCAAUUUCGUUGCCUUCAUUUCUUCUGUUUUGUAAUCUCAGAAUAUUGCUGUUGCUUGAAAGGCAGGAAAAUGAGAUUUCUUCAUGCCUCAACAAACACAUUUGCAGGUGACAAUAAACUUGUUCUUUCAAACAUCAAGGAGGCCCUCUUAGGCAAUCAGGUUUUGUUUCACAGGCAAGGUCAUGUUUGCUUAUCAGGGAAUUGCUUCUCCUACUUUCCAUGCUUCUCCUCAUUCCCAGGGCUCAGGAGAUCUUUAAGGGUCAAUAAAUACUUCCAGUCCUUUCCCAGGAUAGGAAUCAAGGCAUUCUUUUGCACAGUGGUGAGUCCUCCCUCUGUGAUCCAUCUGUUGAUGUUUUCAAGAUAGAAAUCUUACUGCUGCAUCUUUUUUGCAAAAUGAAAUAUAUUCAAUUGGGAGAAUGGGUUAUCAGCAGUGCUGAAAAAAAUUCAGUCCCAGAGUGAUUCUUUGUAUAUUUGGUCAGACUUGGGUUCUAACCUGAGUGCCAAAAGCAAGGCCUUGUUACCGUUUGUUGUAGUCCUGUGUUCUAUCCCUGCCCAGCAGCCAGCUGGAAUGCUAGGAAAUGUAACUGGGAAUCCAAACAGAGGAUUUUUUUUUAGCAUGGUAGCACAAAGGAUUCAAAGUACACUGCUGAUAACAGCCUCAGUAAAAAAAGGCCUGUGACAUUUUUGGCAUCAGGUAGAGUUAAUACAAGGAAAUUUUAAUUUUCGAGGACUCUGGCAGGAUGUGUUUUGGGCAUCUGUUUUAUUCCCAUCUGUAAUAUUUGCUAAUGAAGGCAUGAUGUGUAUUUAAUCAUGGGAUGAAAAUAAAAUCAGGACUCUCAUGGAUUUUCUUUUAAUCAAUUACUUGGAAUUUAACCAUAGAUUCCCACUCCACAAGAUAUGGAAGGGUCAGGGCAAGGAUUAUUUUCUCCUCUUCACAGAAUUGAUUAUUAUUAGUUUUUGUUCUCUGGAUAGUAUUUUUAUAUAACUUGUAAAGCUAAAAAAUAAGCUUCUUAAAAUUGCCUGAAAAUAAGGAUUUCUGCAUCUGAGCUGUAGUUUGCAUAUUCCUUCAGUCCCAAGCACUUCCAGGUGUCACUGGAGAGCAGAAAAAUGCUUGUAAAACAUGUUGCAAGAGCUUUAUUUUAAGGCAACAGUAACCAAAGGCUUACUAUUUAAAAUCUGCUCUGUUGGAAACCUGGCAUUUUCUGGAUAAUGGAGUCUAGGAAGCUGCUCAAAUACUGACUUAGGCAGUGGGGCGUUUUUGGCUAUGAGGAUUUGGAAAUGACUUGUCCUUGAUUUGGGGCAGUUCAUGUUGGUGUGAUCUCUAAAUGUUGAUGCAUUUCAGCAUUUCAGUGUUGAUGCAAAACUUGGAAAAAGAGGCAGAGGAAUAAGCAGUGAUUUAGGAGGAGCAAGUCUUUGCUGGAAGCUGGGGGAGUGCUCCAUGAUGGUUCCUGAAGGUUGGAAUCUUCAUGACUGCCCAGCUGUGUGACUCUUGGUUCCAGCUGCUAAAUGCAGGAGAAUAAAUGCAGCAUUUGAAACAC